CAGGGAGGACAUCAUUUUCAGACGCAAAUCCACGUACCAUAUUUAUCAUGUAGCACUUCCGCUUUAGUUGGAGACUUCCUUUAACAGUAAAUUUUAUUGUAUUCAGAGUUGUAUUUUACAAAAUAAUAGUAAUUUAAUAUUGAUAGGAUAAAGAAUAUAUUGUGCACUGGUGAGGUCAGGAAACCGGCGGGAUGACGACCGCUGCCAGACCGACUUUUGAGCCUGCAAGGGGAGGACGAGGAAAAGGAGAGGGGGACUUAAGUCAGCUCUCCAAACAGUAUUCCAGCAGGGACCUUCCUUCCCAUACAAAAAUCAAGUACAGACAGACCACUCAGGAUGCCCCUGAAGAGGUACGUAGCCGUGACUUUCGCAGAGAACUGGAGGAGAGAGAACGAGUUGUUGCACGUGACAAAACCAGAGACAGACCUUCACGAGAUCACUCAUCUUCAUCCUCAUCUUCAUCCAAGCGACCACGACUAGAUCAGAUCCCUGCAGCAAAUCUGGAUGCAGAUGACCCACUGACAGAUGAGGAGGAGGAAGAGGACUCCGACUUGAAUGAGGACAGUGAUGAUGAUACUGCAGCUCUUUUGGCAGAACUGGAGAAAAUUAAAAAAGAGCGGGCAGAAGAACAAGCUCGUAAGGAACUUGAGCAAAAAGCUGAGGAGGAACGAAUUCGAAUGGAGAACAUUCUGAGUGGCAACCCUCUAAUGAACCUUUCAAGCCAGCUGCAAAGUCAGGCACAAGCAAACUUUAAAGUAAAGAGAAGGUGGGAUGACGAUGUGGUAUUUAAAAACUGCGCAAAGGGAGUUGAUGACUCAAAAAAGGAAAAGAGAUUCAUAAAUGACACCUUACGAUCUGAAUUCCAUAAAAAAUUCAUGGAAAAAUAUGUCAAAUAGGACAUAUAUAAAAUACUCUUAUUGGCUACUUCUUCAGUCAGUUCAUUAAAGGUGCUGGAGGUGUUUUUAUUUGACAUAGAAGAACAACUCAUUAACUAAAGCGUCUGUUGUAGACUUUUCUUCUUAUGACAACAUGCCUCCUUUGUGGACCUUAUUUUUAGCUGGAGUGUGCAACAGUGGAUUAUAACUGGCUGUAUCCUUGUGGAAUUAUUUACUUAGUAGCCAUUGUAGCAGGCUGCUUCAUUCAAGUCUGUGUCUGUUAAUGCCUCAUCCUUUCAUCAAGGCAUUUCGUAUUAUUACUUAUUUGCUGCUGUGCAGAUAUUUUGUUUACUUUCGAAUUUUUGUCUCCUGUUUUCUGGCAGUAUGCACAGACAAGUAACUCUCCAGUCCAUCUGUUAUUGCUUGUAGUUCUUGGAUUAUCAAUUCUGUAUGCUAACCUCCAUCACCACUAUCAACCAGUGGUUGACUGCAUCCUUUGUUACUAAAUUACUUCCCUAUUCCUCGGGAUGCAUUCAAAGGUGGCUCAAGCCAUGUGCUCAGAUACGCAGAUAGCAUAACUUCUGCAGAAAUUUUUCUACUGCAGAAAUAAAGACCUUGUUUGUCAUAGAAAGAGGAUUUUGCAUUGGUGAUUACCUUAUGACGUUCUCCUUUGUCAGUGUCAAGAGGCCAACCCUCUUCUUGCAGUUUAUUUGGUUAGUAUCACUUGAAGUUCCAGAUGUUUUUUCAGUUUCUAACACCAUUUGUCUUGAUAUAAUACAGCUAAACAUUUUAGUUUCCAUCUCUUUGUUUCAUGUUACCAAUAAGUAAGUUAUGUUUAUGUGGAUUCAAGUAAGUGAGCAUAUCAUACAGUAGUUGGGACUUGAAUUUGGAUUACAUUAAACAUGGUUGCUUUGUAUUUAUUAGCUUUUCUUAUAGAAGUAGUCCAAGACAUCCAGUGAUAUUGCUUGUUUUCUAGGUGAAUUGCUGAAGCCGUACACAUUUUAAUCAUAUUCGGCCUAUUAAGGUACUUCCACAAAUGGGGUCAGUACAAACAAAUGCCAGAAGAGUACAACUUUUUUUAUUUAUGUAUUUAUUGUUAGCAAAGUUUGUUCAGCUGGAUACAGGCACAUUUUCAGUGAAGGUCUAAGAAUAUUGGACUUGCUCAGAUUUGCACAGUAGCAAAUUGAGAUUGAGGGGAGUCAAACUCAGUACUGUGAGAUGAAGCUUGUUAGCAGAUGAUCAUUGUAAUCAGCUGCACUGAAGUACUAGCAGUAAUUUUCAAGUCGAAUCAAAGAUUCGGAAAAGGAUGAGAUCUGCUUACCAGUCUAAAGAGCAACAUUUAAGCCCACAUAAUUGAUCAGUCUAACCUUAAAAAGAUGUCCAUGUAGUUGCUUUCUGUAACAUCUGUUGGCAACAUGUUCCAUAGUUCCACAAUCGUUUCAGGUAGCUAUGUAGUGCAUUUUUUCUGAUUUGCUUUAGUUCUAUAGUCUUCUGAUGAAUCCUGAGCAGUCGGACAAAUGCAGGUCUGAGCUAACUAAAAAACUUUUAAAGUAUUUCUCCUGUAACCUUUCUGCAAUAUAAGAAAAAUAAUUCCUGCUUAAUUAUUUUUCAUUAAAUCAGCAAUUUCUAGUUGCAUCAAUGUAUUUCCUUGUAACCCAUCUCUGUGUACAAGUUUUUUGUGUACAUGUUUCUUUUCAUGCAUUGCUAAUAUAGACAACUAAAUGGGAAUACCCACAUUCAAAA